AUGCGCCAUUUCGUGAACUAUAUCAACCUGCUACAGACGCAGUGGGACAAGGUGUAUGGAAAGGGCCGAUCCAGCGACUAUAUCUAUCAUCGACAUAUUGAGUGGCUGAAAGAGGUCGUUCCGGCCGAUCGGUCGCUGUUCUUUGACGUUAAGGAGGGCUGGGGACCCCUGUGCAAGGCGCUGGGGAAGGAGGUGCCUGAUAUCCCGUUUCCGCGUAUCAACGGCUCGGAGGCUAUUGAUCGCACGGCGCAAUAUCAUAUUAAGCGGGGACUGGUGCGCUGGGCAGGAGUUGUUGCCCUGGUGGCUAUCGCGGCCGUCUGGUUUACGCGGUAG